UGGAAUUGUUGACUCGUGUCGAACUGUAAAACGAAAAUGUCACCUCUUUUAUCAUUAUUAUAACUGUUUCCCACCGCAAUUAAACAAUGUUUUAGUGUAAUUCUCAAAAUUAUUAAUUUGUCCUUUAAAAUUUUUGUGGAAAUAAUGCCACGAUGUCGAGUUAUGGGAGAAAUCACACUCAGAAAUCGGCGAUGAUCGAUUAUGAGCGUCAAUUUCAAGAGGACUUGGAACGUGCACAAGCAUUAAGCUUGGAGAGUUUGGCACUGGAAAAAUUUCGUCUACAAAAACAACAAAAUCAGUGUGACAAUAAUAUUCAACAGUCUUGCGCCUCGAGAAGUGACACUAAUUCAAUUAGUGAAGCCGAUGGAACUGUAGAGAAAAGUCAACAUAGAAGUCGACCUAGACCUGGUGCUUAUAAUUCAGGUCAAUCGCGCAAUGGUGUUAUUAUUGUGCCGCCUCCACCAAUUCCAGGUAGAAGAAAUUCAACAAAUUCGGCCGUGAAAAAUCAAGGAGUCGAUUUAAUUAAUUUUACGAGUCCUGUUAAACAGGAUUCAUUAGCUGAAUAUUGUACAGCACCACCAGUUGUUCCACCAAAAGCGCCAGUGGAACCAAAAUGGGAUACACAUCCGGCAUUGUUGAGGAGGCCGUCGAGAGUGUCUAGAAGUAAUAGUUCGGCAGCCGCUUAUCAACCGCGGGACUUUCGUUAUCAGUCACCAUCGCCGGCGCCAGGAUCGAAAGCAUCCACAGCGCCAUGUACUCCAGGUACGCCAGGAAUCAGUCCCGUCAUGUCCAGAGCGACAAGCGUUUCCAAUAAUGUUUCUGAGCCAAUUCCACAGAUUCCUCCACUGCCGAUGAAUUAUCGGCCUGGAAUUCCUUCACCUGUUACUACUGGUGUCUCAAAAGUUCCAUACGCCGUUGAUGAAAAUCAAUUUAGUGUCUUGAAGGUCAUUGAAAAAAAACCGAAUAGCAAUCUCAUUGAUCUGAGCGCUUACGAAUCUUUAGAGGACAAAUCGAAUGUUCGAGUCAGCGUUCUGGAGGCUUUUGAUCCUUUACUCGUAAAGACUGAAGAAAUUAGAGAUAUUUCAAGAGGAUCGAAAGACGAAGUCGAGUCGCAGUACAGUGGUUCGGUUUAUGAUCCUUUUGACCCGUUUGACUACAUGUACAGCACAAGUGAAACUGUUAAUUCCGAUCCAGUUUACGCGGCGGUGGAAAAAUCGGCAAAAUCGCCGGCCGUUUCGCCAGCAGCCCCACCGCCCUUGCCACCUAGAAAUUCAUCUGCCUGGAACACCAUUGAACGAAGAAAAACAUCACUUGAUCGUCGACAAAAACGACAAACGCGACUUUAUGAAAAUGUGACGGUUGUAAAGACCCGAGUCUCCCUUCACGAUUGCGAUUUACAGGCGUUUCAUAAAAUGGUUAAAUCAGUGCGAGGGGAAUUUCCGUUCAAUAAUCCAAGUACAAAUAUCGGUCACGUGAUUAGUCCAAUAAUGGAAAAUUUAUAUCCCGAAGGGACGAGUAUAAAGCUCGUUGUACAUUCGCAAAUAUCUGGUGACUCGAAAGAUCCACUUCCGUCCGUAACGUUUACCUGUGAUGUUAAUAGUAGUAUCGAACAUGUCAUAUUCACUGUAGCUUGUUCGUUGGAUGAAGAUAAUACAGUAAAUAUGGAGAACAAUAUUUAUUGUUUGAGAGUUUGGGGUUUGUCUGAAUUUCUCGCACCGAAUACAACAUUAGCUCAGUACGAAUACAUUCAUCAGUGCAUUAAAUUAGAGAAGGAUAUUGAAUUAGCAAUAAUGGUACGCGAUCAAAUAAAGCAGUCAAUCGCCAGGACACUGCAAGACGAUAAUCGAGAUCUGUGUGUUACUUUGGAAGAUUUAUUACCGAAUGAACCGCUUCAACCUAUUUCUUACGAUACUCUUCUUAUUUUACUUGAAACGGUCGAAAAGGAAUUGGAGAGAAUUGAAAAUGCUGCAGUACAAAUAGCAACGACAAAUCAUGGCACGAGUUUAUUGCCACAAUUACAGCCGCGAAGUGUUGUUCAAGCGGUGAAGGCAGUUUGUGUAUUAAUGGGAAAUAUUGAGACAUAUGAAAUAACAGAGGCCGUUGAUAAUUUUGUCAAUGCUUGCUGUAAAUUUCUACCGCAAGUGCACACGACAAAUAUUGAAUGUAAAAAUCCUGAAAUUCUACAUGAGGACGGCGAUUAUUCGGUGGUAACGCUGCGCACAAAAUUUCCCGAACUCAUUUCAUCGCACUGUCAUAAGAUUCGUGACGCUAUUCAAGAUUUAGUUGAAACAUACUGUCACGCAUUUAGAGUUGAUUUUCAAUUAACUAGUCGAGGAGAAUUUCCCACAAAUACUUUGGUUUCGUCAGAAGUGCUCGAUACAGUUCUCGUGCGCGUUGGAGCAUUUCACAGAAUACCGGCAACGUGGAAUCAUGACGAUUAUAUUGUCGCUGCUCAAAUAUUUCAUGGGACACGUCCAGUGGGAAAUCCUGUUCUCUCGGAACCAAUGACAGUUAGCUCGAAUUUCUAUAAAAGAAUAUUAUUCAAUUCAUGGAUGGAAUUCCGAGGAAUUAGUGUUUGUCAAGUUCCAAGGGAAGCAAGAUUAGUUCUUGUUCUUUAUGGUCGUACAUUACAACCAACGGAACAUGAAAAUAAUUCUUCUAAUGAAGGUGCAAUGCAAAAAGAAGAACUCGGUUGGGGAGCAAUUCAAUUCUACGAUUAUGAUGGUGCAAUGAGUCAAGGAAGCUUCUUUCUGUCCCUGUGGCCGGCAUCGGCCGACAAACGAUUGGGACCGGCACCAGCGCCUGGAAUUCAUCCCCACGGUGAUACUCAUCCGAUAGUUGGAUUAGAACUUCCCGAUUAUGGAGGGAAAGUUCUAUUUCCGUCUGAACUUCGCGAUCAUGAUAUUGAAUCUCUUGAUUUCAAUUCCCUUGAUCAAAAUACGCAGGAAUUGUUACUCGAUAUUACACAGCAAGACACUUUUUCUAGACCUCCUGUUGACGAAAGGGAAAUUCUUUGGGAAAAGCGUCAUUAUUUGCACGAUCGUCCGGAAGCUCUACCAAAAAUAUUGCUCGCCGCUCACAGUUGGGAUUGGGCCUGUCUUCCGGAUUUGCACGCCUCGCUGCGAGUCUGGACACCAUUGCCUCCAGUUCAGGCUCUCCAAUUACUUCUUCCAUGUUUUCCGGAUAUGAAAGUUAGAGAGAUGGCGAUAAGUUGGAUACGAGAAUUGAGUAACGACGAGCUUGUCGAUUAUUUACCACAACUUUUACAGGCAUUGAAACACGAAACUUAUGAAGCGAGUCAUCUCGCAAAAUUUUUACUCGAAAGAACUUUACUUUCUCCAAGAGUGGCUCAUCAUAUUUACUGGCUACUUACACAAGCUCUACCUGGAUUAAGUCCUCAGAAUUCCGCAGAGACGUCUUUAGAUGAUGAUAAAAGUCUUUGUCUCGCUCGAUAUUAUAGACGAUUGCAACUUAUGUUGCGAGCACUCUUAGCUGUGAUUGGUGAAUCUCUGAGGAAUAGUUUUCUUACUCAACAAUGUUUAGUGAAAAAUCUCCACGAAGUGGCAGAGAACAUAAAAAAUACCAAAGAAUCGUUAAGAAUGGACACGUUAAAAUUAGGAUUACAAAAUAUUAAUGGUCAACUAGCUGAUAAUGACGGCACUUGUUUACCACUCUCGCCAAGUCGACAAGUCUUUGGAAUAAACGUGCAAACUUGCUCCUAUUUUCCUUCCUUCACACUUCCAUUGAAAAUCAAUUUUCUCUCCUGCGACGAUGUUCUCAGUCCUGCAAUUUUCAAGGUUGGAGAUGAUUUGCAGCAAGACAUGUUGACACUGCAAAUGGUGCGGAUAAUGGAUAAACUUUGGUUAAAGGAGGGUCUCGAUUUGAAAAUGGUUACAUUCGCCUGCGUGCCAACGGGCAAUAAACGUGGAAUGAUCGAAAUGGUCUCAAACGCCGAGACAUUGAGGAAAAUUCAAGUUGAAUUUGGACUCACUGGGUCAUUUAAGGAUCGACCAAUUGCCGAAUGGCUCGCUAAGCACAAUCCCUCCGAAUUGGAAUAUGAGCGGGCGGUGGAAAAUUUUACUGCAUCGUGCGCUGGCUAUAGUGUCGCAACUUAUAUAUUGGGAAUCUGUGAUAGGCACAAUGAUAAUAUUAUGCUCAAAACAUCGGGACAUUUGUUUCACAUUGAUUUUGGUAAAUUUCUGGGCGACGCGCAAAUGUUCGGCAAUUUCAAACGCGACCGAACACCGUUUGUUUUAACUUCGGACAUGGCUUAUGUGAUUAACGGUGGCGAUAAACCGUCUGCGAAAUUCCAUCAUUUUGUGGAUUUAUGUUGCCAGGCUUUUAAUGUUGUUCGAAAACACGGAAAUUUGAUUCUCCACUUGUUUGGAUUGAUGACAUCGUCGGGAAUUCCUGGUGUCACAAUGGAUGCUGUGAGUUAUGUGCAAAAGGCAUUGCUUCCUGGACAAACAAAUCCCGAGGCUGCAGCAACAUUUGCACGAAUGAUUGAGAGUUCAUUGAAAAGUUGGUUCACUCAAUUCAAUUUUUUCUUGCACAAUUUGGCGCAGCUACGAUUCUCCGGCGAGCAAAAUGACGGUGAACUCUUGUCAUUUAUUCCACGAACUUACACAAUGCAACAAGAGGGUCAAUUAACAAGUGUACAAGUUCAUGGAUAUCAGAAACGUUACGAUCCAGAAAAAUAUUACAUGUACAUUCUCAGGAUACAGAGAAAGGGCCAAGCAGAUCCGGCCUAUCUAUUUCGGACUUACAAAGAAUUUUGCGAGUUUUAUCAAAAACUUUGCAUUCAUUUUCCACUUGCCAAAGUUGUCAGUUUAUCGAGCGGAAUGAGCGUUGGUAGAUCAAACAUAAAACAAGUAGCGGACAAACGUCGGGCAGACAUUGAAAAAUUCCUUCUAAGUCUCUUUAAAAUGGCGCCUGAAAUAUCGCAAAGCGAUCUUGUCUAUACCUUCUUUCAUCCUCUUUUGCGUGACCAGCAAAAUGCCGACAUUCAUCUACGAAAAGUUAAAGUUGGCAAUUGGUGGGCAGAGAAGAAAGUUCGCGAAAAUGUUCAAAAUGGCCAACUAAAAUUGUCUCUGCAUUAUACGAGGGGAACUUUUUGUGUCAUGGUUCAUCACGCGAGAGGUUUGCCAAAAGUUGCCAACGCCCAAGAACCGAAUACAUACGUGAAGGUGUAUUUGAAACCCGAUCCAACAAAAGCCACCAAACGAAAAACAAAAGUUGUCAAGAAAAAUUGUCAUCCAUCAUUUAUGGAAAUGUUGGAGUACAGAAUGUCAUUAGAGGCGAUAAAAGAAAGAACUCUGGAGGCGACAAUAUGGAAUCACGAUACCCUUCAGGAAAAUGAAUUCCUCGGAGGCAUUCGUCUACCAUUGUCUCGUCUCGAUUUGACCAAUGAAACCGUCGAAUGGUUUCCUCUAGGAAGUAUUCGUUAAAAAUAUUUAUAUACAUACUUUAAUGUCCGUGUGUAUUGUUAAGUUAAAAAAAAUCAGCUGCGCUGACAAAACACCCUCCUAUCUCCCUCUAAAAAAUUUCUAAAAACGCUUUUUGCAUUUUUUACACUAAAACCUAAUUACUAAAUUAUACGAUGCUGUCUCGUACAAUCUCCUUCCCCCCCCCUAUCCCUUUUUAAUUCAAUCAAAUUUCUCAUGAAAAAAAAUCAAUUUUCUAUAUAUUAACUAUGUAUAUCAAAUAUGCCAAGAUUGCCUCGGCUUUAAAAAAUUUGUGAUUUUAUAUACAAAAAAAUGAGAAAAACAACAAAAAAAACACUAUGUAUAAUUCCUGCACAGUUUUAUUACGACGAUAUAUAACAUGUGAUAAUUUAAGGUACUAAAAAAAUGGAAAAUUAAUUUUUCAACUAUUUUUUUUCGUUUUCUUUUUUUUUCCUAUAGAGAAAAGAAAAAAGAAAGAUGAAAAAAUAUUAAUUAAUUAACAUGUGAAGAAAAAAACAAACAAAUUUUAUAAAAAAAAACAACGAGAAAGAGAAAAAAAUAGGGAUAAAGUCUUUUUUAGUGAGAAUGUCACGAAAUAUUAAAAAAAAAGACAGAGAGGAAUAUUUAAAUAACGCAAAAAAUAUCAUAAAAAAUGUAAUUUUAUAAAUUUAAACAAGAGGUUUUUUAAAAAUAUAAAAAUUCGAAUUUUUUUUAUUUUUCUUUUUUACAUUUUUUUGUAUUUUUUCCUAUUUUCAAUAUAAAUUUUUUUUUGCAAUUUUCUCCCUCAAUUUUUUCUCUUUUAAUAAUUUUCAUAAAUCUCGAUUUUCUCUGUUGCAAAUUAUUUUUUGUUUUUAAUUUUUUGUUCUUGUUUAAUUUCCAUAUUAAAAAAAAAGUUCGUUCUUUAUUUAUACUGUUUCCGUUAUUUUUUCGAUUUUACUUGUUUGUUUGUUUCUUUUUAAUGUGAAAAUAUGUCGUAGCGUCAAUUUGUAAAUACAAAAAAAGGAAAAAAUGAAGUCAUUUCUGUAUUGUCGGAACAUUAUUGUUCGUGAAGUACAUAAAAAUUUAAUUGAUAUUUGUCACUCGUGACUCAUCUAUUUUUAAGUGAAUCUAAGAGUCGAUAGCUUUAAA